GUAACACAAACUACGAAAAUAUUAACAAUAUGAAUUUAGUUAUCUCAUUUUCUAAUCAUAUAAUUAAAACUGAUAAAAUAUUAUAACGAGGCGAUCAAAUAAUAUGAGCAACAUACAUUGAUUGUUAUCGCAUCAAUAAUUUGACGUCACGUAACUAAUAUAGUCUAGACUCGAAUCAAACUGGUCCGAUUUUUAUUUUUUAUUUUAUGGCCUUAACGAACUCAAAACGAGUGUAUGGUUCUUUUCCAUGGCAGGAGGAAUAGUGGCAUUGGCAAAGCCGGCGCCAAUUUCAAUCUCAUAUCAUAUGAACUCUAUCAGUCAGCCAAGGGGAUAAGAUUGGUAGAGCAGCCAAACAUUUCCUUCCUUCGCUCUAUCCUUCCGCUGGCUGCCCGCUCUUUCUUUGCUUUCUCCCAUCCCUGCCUUUCUGCUCACUCCAUCUUCUCCCUUCAACUCAGCCAGCAGGAAGGCAGCUCGGAGUUAGAGCGAGAGGCAGAACAAUCAAAAGAACCCUAAUCACCGAAAAUGGCUAUUGCCCUCCAAGCUUCUCUUCUCUGCCGACCUUCCUCCUCCCUCAAACACCCUUUUCCACAUUGCCCACCUCGCCAUUCUCCAUCUACUUCUCCUUCUGGCCCCAAUUUCUCCACUUUCCUUAUCCCUUCUCGAUUCCCCUUGCGCACUUACCGCCGUUUCUGCACAUUGCAUCCCGAUAACCCAAAUUUCGUCUCUUCUUCUUCUUCUUCUUCCUCGUCUUUCCCUCCUCCUUCGGAUUCGGUAUCGGGCCCGGCUUCGUCCGCUUCCGGGUUAUCCAAACCCGACGACUACCCGUCAACUCCCCAAUUAGCCUCCGACCCGCAGAGCGCCGGCGACGCGGAGUUCAGGGUUGAGAAUUCAUCCUCUGGCGAUGACGAGGCGGCGGCGGCGGAGGAUGGGGAAGGAGAGAAGGCGAAGGGCGGGAAAAGCAAGUUGCCCCUGGUGGUUUUCCUGAUGGGUGUAUGGGCUGCUCUCCGGAGACGGAUUGAUUACCUCCUGGCUUCUGAUUGGCUUAGCUGGUUCCCGUUUUGGCGGCAGGAGAAGCGGCUGGAACGCCUCAUUGCCGAAGCUGAUGCUGAUCCCAAAGACCCUGUCAAGCAAACUGCUCUCUUGGCCGAGCUCAACAAGCACAGUCCUGAGUCCGUGAUCAAGAGGUUUGAACAAAGAGACCAUGCUGUAGACAGUAGGGGAGUGGCAGAGUAUCUCAGAGCACUUGUGGUUACUAAUGCGAUUGCUGAUUUCCUUCCUGAUGAGCAGUCUGGGAAGCCUUCCAGUCUUCCUGCAUUGCUUCAAGAAUUAAAGCAGAGGGUGGCUGGGAAUACUGAUGAGCCUUUUGUUAACCCUGGCAUGUCCGAGAAGCAACCAUUGCAUGUGUUGAUGGUUGAUCGUAAAGUGUCCCACAAGUCGCGGUUUGCGCAAGAGCUUAUCUCCACUAUUUUGUUCACUGUGGCAGUUGGACUCAUCUGGUUAAUGGGUGCAGCAGCUCUCCAGAAAUAUAUAGGGGGCCUGGGAGGAAUCGGGGCUUCGGGAGUGGGCUCAAGUUCGUCAUAUUCACCAAAGGAACUUAAUAAAGAAGUCAUGCCCGAGAAAAAUGUUAAAACAUUCAAGGAUGUCAAAGGUUGUGAUGAUGCCAAACAAGAGCUCGAGGAAGUGGUCGAGUACCUCAAGAACCCUUCCAAGUUUACUCGGCUGGGUGGAAAGUUGCCAAAGGGAAUUCUUUUGACUGGAGCACCAGGCACUGGAAAAACUUUGCUUGCAAAGGCUAUUGCCGGAGAAGCUGGAGUACCUUUCUUUUAUAGAGCAGGAUCAGAGUUUGAGGAAAUGUUUGUUGGUGUUGGUGCCAAGCGUGUAAGAUCCCUGUUCCAAGCAGCUAAGAAGAAGGCUCCUUGUAUCAUCUUUAUUGAUGAAAUUGAUGCUGUCGGUUCAACUAGAAAACAAUGGGAAGGCCAUACAAAGAAGACUUUACAUCAGUUACUUGUUGAAAUGGAUGGUUUUGAACAGAAUGAGGGAAUAAUAUUAAUGGCUGCAACGAACUUGCCUGAUAUUCUUGAUCCAGCAUUGACCAGACCUGGUAGAUUUGAUAGACAUAUUGUGGUUCCAAAUCCAGAUGUAAGAGGACGUCAAGAGAUAUUAGAGCUCUAUCUCAAAGAUAAACCUAUUUCUGAUGAUGUGGAUGUUAAAGCCAUUGCUCGGGGGACACCAGGUUUCAAUGGAGCUGAUCUGGCAAACUUGGUGAAUAUUGCUGCCAUUAAAGCGGCAGUGGAAGGAGCAGAUAAAUUGAAUGGUGUACAGCUGGAGUUUGCUAAAGACAGGAUCGUCAUGGGAACCGAGCGCAAGACAAUGUUCAUAUCAGAAGACUCGAAGAAGUUGACUGCAUAUCAUGAGAGUGGACAUGCCAUCGUAGCUUUGAACACCGAAGGUGCACAUCCAAUUCACAAGGCGACCAUAAUGCCACGUGGCUCCGCUCUGGGAAUGGUCACCCAACUUCCUUCGAAUGACGAGACUUCAAUAAGCAAGAAGCAGUUACUAGCUCGGUUAGAUGUUUGCAUGGGAGGAAGAGUCGCCGAAGAGCUUAUCUUCGGACAGGAUCACGUCACAACAGGAGCAAGUAGUGAUCUCAGCAAAGCUACAGAGCUCGCUCAAUAUAUGGUAUCAAGCUGUGGAAUGAGUGACGUAAUUGGACCAGUCCAUCUCAAGGAACGACCCAGUUCGGAAAUGCAAUCACGGAUUGAUGCUGAAGUUGUGAAACUUCUGAGAGAAGCAUACGAUCGCGUGAAGGCUCUGUUGAAGAAGCAUGAGAAGGCGUUGCAUGCACUGGCAAAUGCACUUCUAGAGUACGAGACACUGACAUCGGAAGAAAUAAAGAGGAUACUGAUGCCGUAUAGGGAAGGGAAGCUGCCAGAGCCUCAAGAGGAAGAACAAGAACAAGGUGACCUUGUGCUGGCUUGAUUGACCGUUUCUCUAGAAGGAAGAUGAUCCCAGGUAUUUUUCAGUGGAUCCUCAGCAACAGCAAGGGGAAAAAAGAAGGGGGGGAGCU